GUCGCAAGAUGGCCGACGUCGCAUGAAAGUAUCUUCCUCUCCUCAACAUGAAGUCGUGAGUGAGACAGAGAGCGAGGGCGACUACGUCGGGUUUUUGUUUUUUUUUUAGUUGUUUUACUUUAUUUUUCCCUUAGAUAUUCAUCUCAUUCCGAAUCGCAGCUGCACCCGAUUUGUCUCGACUAGUUGACGCGUCAAUCACGCCGGGAUCUUGGCUAACUGGCGAAGUGCGCGAGCUAGUUUGUUAGCCACAAACUGUAGCUCUUAUAACUGUUAUCUAGUGAAGGAAAAACAUACUGUAUUCACUAAAACAUAGAGCUAGUUUUAAUCACCCAGCGAGCAUAUUGGUUUGUAACUGUAUAGUCGGUGUUUAAUUUGCAUCUAGAUGGGUAGUAAAUAGGAUUAUAUUUCGAUGUUUCCAACAUUGUCGACAUAACUGUAGCGUGCGCGCCGUUAUCCUCCAUCGUUACAUUGUAGACCGUGGUUACAUUUUUUUCAUGGUGCAAUACUGGAAUGAAUCAAAACAAAUAGUCGGUUGUUCGGAUAAUAAUAUUAGUGUACCACCGGAACACAGUGAGGAAUGGACACACGAACAAAUGUCAAAAUAUAGUCACAUGCAUUUGUAAUAUUACAAGGGGGUUGGUUGACAGUUGCAUUUGUCGGAUAGUUUACCAGACGCAACACAUUGCAGACAAUUAAUGUUAUUAGUUAUUGAACUGUAACAGGCCAGAUCUACUUCACAGACUCUGAUUGAACGUAUAACCUAGAAAUCUACUUUUAAAUAAGGUUCACAUUUCUCGCGCUUUUAGACAGGUGUAAAGACAGGGCAAAACAUGGGAGUUCAAGGGUUUCAAGAGUAUUUGGAGAAACGCUGCCCCGGGGCGGCCGUUCCAGUAGACCUUCUAAAGCUCGCGCGAACAGUAGGCCGUCAGCCCCCACAUCACCACCACCACUAUCCCCAUCAUCCAAGCUCGCUGCCUCCGCCUCCCCCGCCAGCUCGCAUUCUCGUUGACGCAGACUCUGGCCUUCAGCGGCUCUACGGGGGCUACCAGACCGACUGGGUGUGUGGAGGCGAGUGGAACGCUAUGCUCGGCUAUCUGGCGGCUCUCUCCCAGGCCUGUUUAUAUCAGGGCGGACUGGAGUUGGUGGUGGUUUUUAACGGCACACUUGGGAAGGAUCGCUGGCCGGAGUGGGCGCGCCGGGCACAGGGGCAGCGGCAGACAGCACAGCUCAUCGUCAACCACGUCGGCAGCAAGGCCACUCCCCCUCCCCGAGCCUGGUUCCUGCCCCCGGCCUGCCUGAGCCACUGUGUCCGCCUCGCCAUGUUCCGAUUCCGUGUGCGGGUGGUGCAGACCCUUGAGGACCAUCAUCAAGAGGUGCUAUCCCUGUACAGAGACUGUGGCUUUCAGGGUCUGAUUGCACAGGACUCAGAGUUUGCACUAUGCAAUGUUCCAGCCUAUUUCAGCUCCCAUGCCCUCAAGCUCUCCUGGAAUGGCAAGAAUCUGACCACUCACCAGUACUUGCUCUCAGAGGCUGCUCGCCAGCUUGGCCUCAAGACCCAGCACCUACCCAUCUUUGCUACUCUUCUUGGUAACCACAUUCUUCCAGAUGAAGACUUGGCUGCCUUUCACUGGAGUCUGUUAGGCCCAGAACACCCACUUGCUUCCCUCAAGGUAAGGGCACACCAGUUAGUCCUCCCUCCCUGUGAGGUUGUUAUCAAGGCUGUAUCGGAGUAUGUGGCAUCAAUCAAAGAUCUUGGGAAUUUGGAUUUGGUGGCCAAGGAUGUUUUCAAGCAGUCACAGUCUCGAACUGAAGAUAAAUUUGAGAGGUUCAAGAAGGCAGUGGAGUAUUUUUCAGCGGCCAGUAAACCAAGACCUCUCUCCAUGGGACCUUCUCCUUACCUUUUUCCAGGCUUUGGACCUGGUCAGUUCAGCGGAUCUCCAUGCCACAUGGGGGCAAUGCAGCCUGGUAAAGCUCAGUUUGGUCUACCCCAGGUGUCAGGUGUUAAGGUGCCUUAUCCCGGUGGGCUCUAUGGACCCAGCCCUGCCAUUGGUCCUGCUCUUUUAUGCCAGAACCCCUCUCGGCCUCUGCAGGACUGUAAUGAUUCACUAGUUGGAAAAAUGGGCUUUGCUGAUUGGUCUGCUCCAUAUGAUUCCUCUCAAGGUGGCAGCCGACAGCCCAAUCAUCACACAGCUGCUCCCACAGGCCCUUCCCCCUCAUCAUCAUCAUCUUCAGAUGGGGAUGAACAAAAUGACACCAGCACUAAUCAUUUAGCUGACAAGUCUUCAAGAUGGGAAGAUCCAAGUGGACGGGGAGGGGGUGCUUCUGGGGAUAGCCACCAUGGUAAUGGAAGUGGGCCGGCCAUCCCAUCACUGCUGUCCAUGCCAACACGUAGUCACAUGGACAUCACAACUCCACCCCUUCCACAGAUCAGUGCUGAGGUGCUGAGAGUGGCAGAGCACAGACACAAGAGAGGACUCAUGUACCCACAGAUCUACCACAUCCUGACCAAGGGGGAGAUGAAGAUGCCAGUGUGUAUAGAGGACGAGUGCAACCCCGACCUGCCUCCUGCCUCUCUACUUUUCCGUUCUGCCCGCCAGUAUGCCUACGGAGUGCUGUUCAGUUUGGCUGAGACCCAGCGAAGACUGGAGAGAUUGGCUAUGCGCAAGCGCAGUCCUGUUGACGUGCCCCCGGUCAUUGUAAAGGAGUGGUGUGCCAGUAAAGCUAAAUCUGCCCUGACCCCUGAGCUCGUUCCAGCCUUGUGUUUUCGAGAGUGGACGUGUCCCAACCUGAGGCGUUUGUGGCUGGGCAGAGCUUCCGAGGACCGCAGCCGCCGCACUCGAGCCUUUCUGGCCUGCAUGCGUUCUGACUGCCCUGCCCUGCUCAACCCGGCCUGUGUGCCAUCUCACUUGCUGCUCAUGUGCUGCGUACUCAGGUAUAUGAUGCAGUGGCCGGGAGGUCGCAUUCUUCAGCGCCAUGAGCUUGAUGCCUUUUUGGCUCAAGCUGUGUCCAACCAGCUCUAUGAGCCUGACCAACUGCAGGAACUCAAGGUGGAGAAGGUGGAUAACCGUGGAGUGCAGCUGGCCUCUCUCUUCAUGAGUGGAGUGGAUACUGCCCUGUUUGUUAAUGAUGUAUGUGGACAGCCCCUGCCGUGGGACCACUGCUGCCCUUGGGGCUUUUUUGAUGGGAAGUUGUUCCAGAUCAAACUAGCUAAAGCCACCAGAGACAGAGCAUCUUUACUUGACAUGUGUGAAGGCCAGGAGGAACUGGUUUCUAGAGUGGAGAAGAUGCGCCAGGCCAUUCUAGAAGGCAUCAACCUCUCCCGACCUCCUCCCCCACCUCCACCACUGCCACCCCCUGCAUUCCUACCCCCUACCAUGGUGCCCCCUUUCUACACCAUGCACCCUAUGUACCCUCCUCGUCCGCUGGGCUCCAUGCCACCUCAUCCUCACCAGCCGCCCAGGGCCUUCCCAGGAAUCCAGUCUAUACCUCCCCAGGGUGGCAAGCUGGAAAUAGCUGGCAUGGUAGUUGGUCAGUGGGCUGGGAACAAACCAUUUCGAGGCAGAGGGGGUUUCAACAUGCAGGUGGUGUCAGUAGGAGGGAAAGGAAGGGGUAAAGAAGUGAUUUUGAAAGGAAGGGGAGGGAAGAAAGUGACCACCAAUAGAACACAGACUCUGUCCUCCUCACCUCCCUCCACCAGCCCCCCAAAGCUCACUGAAGAUCCUAAAGUAGUGGGGCGGCCCGCUGGACCCACAGAGGGAACAGUGACUGUGUCGCAGCAGCUGAACGGCAGCUCUUCAGCUGGUCAAGCCCUUGACCUGCCACCACUGGCCCAGUCAAUCCAGUGUGCCUUAGCCAGCAGAGACAACCAGUCAGGAGAUGGGGUAGAGGUAGAGGCCAUUUGUUGCCUUGAUGACUGCCCAUCAGAUGGUGCACUACAGAAAGAGGAGUAAUUACAUCCCAUAAUGUAAUAUGAAUGAGUGAGAGGGAAUGAUCUAAGGUCGACUGCCUUUUCCUUGCAAAUUUUAAUAUUUAGGGCACAGUAGCCACUUUGUGUUGUCAUGAUAUAAUUUAUGAUGCUACAGAUGGACAGGGACAGGAAUGCGGUCUAUUUGUCACCUUAAUAGCCGGUUCUGGUUUAAAACUGUGCGAGUUUAAAUUACAAACUUCGAUUUCACAUCGCCCUGAAUCUUCGGAUUCUGGACCUCAUCCUUUCCACUGGCCCAUCAGUGUUGUAGCAUUGUGAAUAGCGUUCUAGUCGUUUUAUUUUGAGACCUUUUAUGUCAGUGGUGACACUGAUAUAAAGAAUCAUACAUAUGUAUGAUUGCCUAAUAUGGCUAUAAAAGGCCCUUAUUGCCCAAAGCAUAAUUUAAAAUGUACCUGUUUAAAACACUGUUGCAUCGUGUCAAGUAGCACAGCAACAUCUGACUCUAAAGUUUCCGCCACACAGCAUAGAAACGCACUACUUUAACUGUUGCUGUUUAUGCAGUGCGCCAUUGUGGAGGAUUCAAAGACAACACUGCCCUAAAUACAGUAGAUGAGUGGAAACUGAUGGAAAACACGGGUUGUAUUUGUAUGUCACAGUGUGCUUUAACACACAUGGUAGUCCCUUUUUUUUUGGCCAUUAUCGUAGGGUGAAGUGCAUGUGGAAAUGUUCCCAUUGUAUUCAGGCUCAGAAAGAAUUUAAAGAGAUGUGCUGAGAGGUGUGUAUGAGUGAGGAUGAACAGGGGGAAUUAAAGAGUCCAAGAGAGUCGUUCGGAUUGCACUCAACAUCGCUUAGCUUGCUCAACUUUGUUCCUUUAUCUCACAUGUAAACUUGUGACAAUCUUGUCAGAUUCUUUUGAGCUUACACCCCCGUUAGGAUAAGGAGAUCCUAAUCCCAAACCUACAGCUACUGAAAUAGUUAUAAAUGUAAUUUUUAAAGCACUUUUUUUUUUAAACCUUAUGUCCCAGGUUAUAUCGAUAUGCAAGCCCCUCUCCUCCACAGAGGAAGAAAUGCCCUUGGAAAUUUAUUGUAUUCUAACAUAAAGCACUUAAAUUGUUGUUUAUAAGAAGAUAGUACUGUGAUAUAUAGAUGCCCAUAAUUUGGUUAAUUUCCUACUAAUGAGCUGGUUGGUAGCCUAGUAACCUUCAUUCCUAGACAGUUAAACUGUCUAUGUAAGCUUUUACCUUGCGUGUUGUUUACCAGUAUGGCGUACAAAUUAGCACCAACCCAUUUGAAUGUGAGAACGGAGUGCGUAGUAAUCUGCACUUUUAAUAUGAAUGAAACACACUGGGUUUGUCCUUGUACCAGGAUAAAGAAACAUUGAGACCUCUGCCAGAGUAAGAGAAAAUAUAAAACUGUGUUUUCAAAUGGAACCCUGAUACUGUUUGACAUCCCAGAUGUUUGUAUAUACACCCAAAUGUACAUGAUGUUAGGGUAAUGAUUUUAUCAGUGGUCGAGAAUGCACACAGUCCUUAGACAUACUUAAAGACCUGCCAUUUGGCAUCUCUCAGCUUCAAAAUGAUUUUAAACAUUUAUUUUAAAAACUGCUUUUUUUUUUAGCAGUUCAACUUUUCCCACACCCUGGUCGUUCACAUCUCCUCUGUGCCUUGUGCACGUGUGCCAUGUGGAUGGUGUUUUGUGCAUGUGCGUUCUCCCACCAUAGCUAAAAUCAUUGACAUUUUUUAGCACUCAAAAUAAUUAAAAGCAAUCAUUGAACAAAGCUUAGGAUCACUUUAUAUUGUGACAAAAAAAAUCUGAGUCUGUACUUCUCCAGACCGUUUUUGAAAAUAAUCUGUCUUGUCUUGUUUUGUGACAGUCCUAUGAACUCAUGCACUUCUGUUACAGAUAGCACUUCUAUUUAGGCAAAUGGGCUUUAAAAAAAUCUAAACAAAAAUGAAAUACCUUAAAGAUUAAAGCCCCAUUUGCCAAUAUAUUGACGGUUUCACAUCAAACGGUAGGAUAUAAUUUUACUUGAGUGUUAAUGUUUUAAAUCCAUUUUAAAAACAUUUAAAUUCAUGUUUUGAACUGAUGAUUCAUUGGACGUAAUGAAUGAGAAUUUAAAUUUAAAUGUAAGAAUAACUUAUACACUCGAGAGAGCCUAUUUCAUUUAAUCGUCAUAGUUUAGAAUCUGUACAAUUGACAUUGUCAAUAUGCCAUUACAGCUUUCUAUGAAGUCAUAAGAUGCACCUUAUUUUAGUAAGAUAAGAAGUUGAUCAAUAAUAUUAGAUUUAGGGCCACUAAAAGUAUAUUAAGACACUGAAAGACACCAAUUAUAGUUAAGUCUUUAUGUAUAUUCUGCAAAUGGUCACUCUUGAGGAGUCCAGACAGUUACCCGUCAACAUGAAAACAUUCAAAGGCCUUCAGAAAUCUCACAGUGACCUGAAGCAUGCAUUUUGAAUGCAUUUACUACGGAUAAGUAGUGACACAAAAUUAAUUUAAAAUGUUUAUUUCCCAAAGGACAGUGAGAUAUCAAAAUUACUGGAUAUACUGGACAGACUUUUAACAAAGAAUAAAUAAGUAAUCUUGACAGUACCAUGACAGGUAUUAUUCUUGAACUAAUAAGGUACAAUGUCAUGCAUGCUAGAGCAUUUUAAAACUCAACCUUAGGUUGUCACAUUUUAUUAUGAGUCAAGUACAGUAGUGCUAGUUUUCAAGAGGAUCUCCAGUAUGUUAUAGUGCAUACAGAGACAUACCCUUUAAUGUACACACAACGUUGACAUUUCCGUUGCCGCCGAAUAACUAUAGAUCCUUAUAAAAACAUUAAAUUCUGUUUCCAUCUGUGAUAAAAGCAGUUUCAGUUAGUUUUUAUUUUCAGUGUGUUUGUUGUCAUAGAAUAUCAGUAACUUGUUCACAUUUAGUUUUAAGUGUAGUCUAAGAAUGGAACAGCAUAAACCGAAAUAUACAGACAUACCAAAUAAAGAUAAUCAAUAUCUCUCACACUCACUAUACCUUUGUAAUACCUGUAGAGAUCAGCGCUGCCUUUCCCAAAAGCAUCGUAACCUUAAGUUGUUCGUAGAGACUUUGAGUUUUUGCGCCAGUGGGCUCUACGAACAACUUGAGCGCCAAUGGUCUCUACGAACAUUUUAAACUUGCGAUGCUUUUGGGAAGCGCAGCCCAGUUUAGUAUGAGGGAGAAAAUAAUAGUAAAACAUCUGCAUGCUCAAACUGUGUAUUUUCCAGAGUGCUGUUAAUUUGUUAUAUAAUUAUUUGAAGACUUAACUAGCAAUUUCAGACGCUUUGUUCCAAAGUUACCCUCUCCAAAGCUUUGCUCUGUUCUAGAACGCUGCUUAAACACUCAUACUUUCAGCAUUUAUGGAGACGUAUGAGGGUGAAAUAUAGAGUCAAAUCAGAUAUAUAAAUAUAUAUAAAUAUAUAUACUCAAGAGAAUGAUAUUUUAAUUAUAUCAGAGGGAUGCACUGGAGAUUGAUUGGUCUAGCCAUUGUCUUUAGAAUGGCACAAUUUAGCUCCAGAUGUUGGCCCCGGUCUUGAUAAAACCAACCCGAUAACAUACAGAAUUGGUAACUAAUAAAAAUUUUGUAUUUUUGUCCCCCAACCCCCCCCCCCCCCUUUUUUUUUUUUUUUUUUUUUUUUACAAAAGGUUCAAAUGUGCAAGCAUUUGUCUUUUCUAUAUCCAUAGUUUGCCCGGAUGGCAAUGUCUCCCUCUUUUUAACUCUUCUGUUUUUCUUGCCUUUGUUAACCGUGCAACGACUCUCUGUACCUCUUCAUACUAACAGUGAGAGAAUUUAACUUUUCUAAUUAGUCUAAUAAUCUGUCUGUAAAGUAAUCUUAGACAAAAGUUGGUAACAUUUUCAACAGUGAACAAAGAAAUCUAACCUUACCAUCUUUAGUUUCAAUCUGUUGUGAAAUUGUUUUUUUUCUCUUUGUUUUCUUAAUGUUAUUACAACUACUUCUCCUUUGACCGUUGCUACAUUUAGUAUUAAAAUUUGCUUAGCGGAGCUAGAUAUUUUUUAACUGUAAUGAUUGCAAUUUUCCUCACCUGUAUUUUGUAUGGUAUUGUUUAUACCACUUCACCAUUAUGAUGUAAUUGUCGCUUACAAAAAUAACCCUUUAGGGUUUUUUAAAUGAUUGAUUUGGCUAUUUAAAAUCCAAAGCUGAGUGUACGUCUUGUUGCUUUUUUGCACAAAACAGACACAUUUUCCUCUGAUUAAUUUUCAACCAAAACAAAAUACUGUAAAAUAUUAUAUACAGUUAAAUAUUUUCAGCAAUUAUGAUAUAAGAAUACUUAAAGGAUCGAUAAUCUGAUACUAAAAUGAAGAAAAUGUGGUGUUUACAUCUUUUUGGUGAACAGUGGCUAAAUCUUGUAUCGUCCAGUUUCAUAGCUACAAUGAAGAUAUUUUUUUCCUUAAGUGGAGCCUUGGACUCCGCUCUUGAUACAGAUUAACCUUAGAACACUUCAUCAGCUCUCAUGCACAUGUAUUGUCCCUCUGAAAUAUGUAGCUUCAAUGUCAUUGAUAGGUUAAGUGUUAACAUACUGUAACCAUGCACACACACACAAUCGCUAUUUUGGUAAAGAGUUUUGCCUGUGCAUUCCUGUAGUUUUGUGUCAGGACCUCAGAUCUGGCUCUUGCUUUAAACCUGUUACCCCGUAUCCUGGCUCUGUAGCCCUUCACUCCACAGGACCACAUGUAUUCUCUUUACUGGUGUUGUCAGGUUUCAACCCUUGUCUGAUAACAGAAAUGUGUUGUGUACAGUGGCCCACUGACAUCCUUCACUUUCUGGAAGAACCCUCUAUAUAUUGUUACCAUUGCUUUAUAGCAUGUGCCCCCCCCCCAUAGCACCAAGACUGUCAAGUCUAGGCCCAUCCAUUUGUAGGCAACACAUUCUGUCGUCUGUUCUUGGAAAACUGAUUCAUUCAUCAUCAACACAAACGCAUUGAUGCAUGCAUCAAGAUCUCCAAAAGCUCCAAACAACUUGUGAAGUGAAGGGUAAAGUUAAUUAUUAUUAUUGAUGUUAUGGUUAUGAUCGUUAUUAACAAUUUCUCAUUUUUAGUAUAAAGAAAGCACCUGAUUGUUUUGAAAAGAAACUUUUUAAUUUGUCUUGCUGUUGUGGUCUUAUUUCACAAUGGAUUGGGGAGAAAGCCAAAAGGCUGAGAUGGAGAAAGAGAGAUUCCAAGUUGGCAGUCAUGUUUGUAUGGUUGGGAAAUGACUUACAGUGCUGAAAUAAAAUUUAUUCUUUUA